AUGUUACGUCUAUCAUCAACUACACUCUCCUUGACCAUAACAGAAGUCAAGGAGUUUGACCGUCGUCUUCGUUUUAAGAAGUAUCUUGCUAGAGAAGAUUCCUUAGGGAAGCUACCUAUCCGUACCAAGAAGGUCCCUGUGGUUCAAAGGAGCAUCGAGUCGGAACAUGAACAGGAUGAUAUAAGCCAAUCAACCCAAGGAACCAUCUCUAAAGAUUAUCCGAUUCCCGGUAUCGAAACAAGCCCAAGGCGUCUAGCGUACCGGCCUCGGCGUCCUCGAAGAUCUGGUGGUGACUCUGCCGAGAGUAGCUCUCAGGGUAUACCAGGCUCUUCACAAAGCGGGAACCCUACAUUGUUGAAUACACCACGUCCAACUGGUUGGGGGAAUUUGCCAAUGACACUUCCGCCGCCAUUCUCGAGAGAAAUGCGAUCUGUCUCUGAUGCGCAGUCCCUGCCUUCGACCCGACAUGACGGUCAGACACAAGCUGUCCGCACCGAUGCCGCUCAGGAGCCGCCAGAAACCCCACCUAGACGAUCGUCUCUCCGUGCAACACAGACGGACAUCCGUUCAAACUCUCCGACACCUAGGGGUAACGGUAGGCGACUGGUUGGCUCAGCAGUGAGAUUCGUCGAAUCCAUGGUCCGGUCUCCUAGCUACGGCUCUCCGUCUUCGGAUUCGUCGCCGUCGUCACAUACCUUUAGCUCAUUCUCUAGUUCGCCGACGCAAGACAGGUCACAAUCUAUGAGCAGAUCGGAACUUAGACUAAGGAUUUACAACGAUGCUCUUCCGGCAUCGUCACAACCACAAACCCCACACAACCUUCCGGAGGCCCGUCAUCGGAGCCGACUUCAUGGAGCAUACACCGCGCCACUCCCACGUCGAGGUCCUCGGUCCGUGUACCAUUCUAAUGUAGAAAGGGGAAGGGGGGGUACCAUAAAUAGUCCAUCAAGCUUUGAUACUCCUGGGUUUCACGGUCUUUAUAGUGGGCGGGAGAAUGCUGAAGAUUCGACACUAUUCUAUGAGGCGUCUGAAUACCGAGAGGAGAGCUCUAUAGGCGGGGAAUGA